AUGGCCCCUCUGCACCUCGCGGCAGGGUUAGCUCUUCCAGUGUUAAUGCCUUGUUACUCCUGUCUCAUCUCUGCAGACACUGAACGAGCAGUGGAAAUUCUGACCAGAUACCAAAGCACCCUGCAGUCCCCGGAGGAGCAGGAGCUAAAAGACUCCAUUGGAAAAGUCUCGCACAUCUUUCAAAGUGAACUCUUCCAGGCUCUGCUGGAUAUCCAUGAAUUCUAUGAUUUCACGCUGCGCUCCGCACCCCUGCAGCCUCCCAGCCCGGAUGCACAUUGCGGCACAGCUGGGCAACAGCAUGGGGCCACUGAGCCCAGCUCCAAAGUCACACCUGGAGAGCUCCAAAACCUCCCCGAGGAUCCGUCCUGGGACGGUGAGCAGAGGCUUCCUGCAGGGGCUGGGGACAGCACGCCAGGGACACUGCCACGGCUGGUGAGGGUGACGGCACGGAGGACGGAGGCACCGGCCAGCGUCUGCAGCCUGGUGCUCAGCUCUCGCAGCGCCCUGCCCCAGGCCAACCCUGCUCCCAUUAUCGUGAACACAGACUCGCUGGAACAAGGGCUCUCUGUGAACGGCAGUGAUGGGAUGUUCAAAUACGAGGAGAUCGUCUUGGAAAGGGGUAACUCCGGCCUCGGCUUCAGCAUAGCAGGAGGAAUCGACAACCCCCAUGUUCCAGAUGACCCGGGUAUCUUCAUCACCAAAAUCAUCCCUGGGGGAGCGGCAGCCAUGGACGGCCGUCUGGGGGUGAAUGACUGCGUACUGCGGGUGAACGACGUGGAUGUCUCCGAGGUGGUGCACAGCAAAGCUGUGGAGGCCCUGAAAGAAGCGGGCCCCGUGGUACGGCUUGUGGUGCGCCGCCGGCAGCCCCCACCAGAGACCAUCAUGGAGGUCAACCUGAUGAAAGGCCCCAAAGGCCUGGGUUUCAGCAUCGCAGGGGGCAUCGGGAACCAGCACAUCCCUGGGGACAACAGCAUCUACAUCACCAAGAUCAUCGAGGGAGGCGCUGCCCAGAAGGACGGGCGCCUGCAGAUCGGGGACCGGCUGCUCGCGGUGAACAACACGAACCUGCAGGACGUGCGGCAUGAGGAGGCAGUGGCCGCCCUGAAGAACACCUCCGACAUGGUGUACUUGAAAGUGGCCAAGCCAGGCAACAUCCACCUCAACGACAUGUACGCGCCCCCCGACUACGCCAGCACCUUCUCAGCCUUGGCUGACAACCACAUAAGCCAUAACUCCAAUCUGGGCUACCUGGGCAGCGUUGAGAGCAAGCCUGCCUACCCCGUUCCUCCCCAGGUGACUCCAUCCCGGUACUCACCCAUCCCUCGGCACAUGAUUGGGGACGAGGACUUCACCAGGGAGCCCCGGAAAAUCAUCCUGCACAAAGGCUCCACCGGCUUGGGCUUCAACAUCGUUGGGGGGGAAGAUGGUGAGGGGAUCUUCGUGUCCUUCAUCCUGGCCGGGGGCCCAGCUGACCUCAGCGGGGAGUUGCGGAGGGGAGACCGCAUCCUCUCGGUGAAUGGGCUCAUGGGCAAGAUGCCCCAUGGACAGGCUGUCAUUGCCUCCCUCGGCGCUUACUGGUUGUGCCCUGCUCGGUGGGGGGGUGGCUCAGGGGCAGCUCCUGUCUCACUGACCACCUCUCUCCCCACAGAGUACAGCCGCUUUGAGUCAAAGAUCCACGACCUGAGAGAGCAGAUGAUGAACAGCAGCAUGAGCUCUGGCUCCGGCUCACUCCGGACAAGCGAGAAGAGAUCUCUCUAUGUCCGAGCCCUGUUUGACUAUGACCGGACCCGGGACAGUUGCUUGCCCAGCCAGGGCCUCAGCUUCUCCUAUGGGGACAUCCUGCACGUCAUCAAUGCCUCUGACGAUGAGUGGUGGCAGGCCAGGCUUGUCACGCCUCAUGGCGAGAGCGAGCAGAUCGGAGUCAUCCCCAGCAAGAAAAGGGUGGAAAAGAAGGAGAGAGCGCGGUUGAAAACGGUGAAGUUCCACGCCCGGACUGGCAUGAUUGAGUCCAACAGGUCGAUCAAAACGAAACGUAAAAAGAGUUUCCGCCUCUCUCGAAAGUUUCCAUUUUACAAGAGCAAAGAGAACCUGGCCCAGGAGAGCGGCGGACAGGAACAGGGUGUGACAUCAAACACCAGUGACAGUGAGAGCAGUUCCAAAGGACAAGAGGACACCAUCCUGUCGUACGAGCCAGUGACGCGGCAAGAAAUUCACUAUGCGAGGCCGGUGAUCAUCCUCGGGCCGACAAAGGACCGAGUUAAUGACGACCUCAUCUCCGAAUUCCCACACAAGUUUGGUUCCUGUGUGCCACACACUACCAGGCCUCGGCGUGAGAACGAGGUGGACGGACAAGACUACCACUUUGUCGUAUCCCGCGAACAGAUGGAGAAAGACAUCCAGGACAACAAGUUCAUAGAGGCUGGGCAGUUCAAUGACAAUCUCUACGGGACCAGCAUUCAGUCAGUGCGGGCAGUGGCGGAGAGGGGGAAACACUGCAUCCUGGAUGUGUCUGGCAAUGCUAUCAAGAGGUUGCAACAAGCACAACUAUAUCCCAUUGCCAUUUUCAUCAAACCGAAAUCCAUUGAAGCUCUCAUGGAGAUGAACCGGAGACAGACGUAUGAACAGGCCAACAAGGUCUUUGACAAAGCCAUGAAACUCGAGCAAGAGUUUGGAGAGUAUUUUACAGCCAUCGUACAAGGAGACUCUCUUGAAGAGAUUUACAGCAAAAUCAAACAGAUCAUUGAGGACCAGUCUGGGCACUACAUCUGGGUUCCAUCCCCAGAGAAACUCUGAAGAUGUCCCCCACCUGCUUUCCUGUGAGCAGAAGAUCUCCGAAGUCCCACCCCACCCAAGCCCUCUGCCCCAAGGGGGGGAUAUGAAAACUAUUCCUGCCCCCUUUUUUAGAUCGUCGCAAAAUUGAGUUUUCUAGUCCUGUUUCUUUUGUUGGGAUGAACUAAUCUCAUUCAUCAUGUGACUGUUCCCACCGUUCCUGCAUGGACCUUCCCACUGCUCCAUUAGAGACAGAUGAGAACCCAUUCAAGGUCGUUU